UUUUAAACGAAAUCAGGCAAUAUGGCGGCCGUGUAUACGUUCGAUGGGAAGUGUAACGUGGAAAUUUCACUCGUUUUCGAAAGUUCGUCGUAGUUAUAUUUAUAUUGGACACGCUCGAUAAAUUAUUUAAGAAUCAUGGCUACCAUUGGUAAAAGUAAUCUGUCCAUAGAGGAUAUAAAAUAUGCGGAUAAGGACGAAAAAGAAACCCUCCUGGAACAUGACAGUGAGCCCGAUGAAGAUAUGAUAUUUAACCGUCCCAGUACGUCGAAUGGAAUAAGCAGAGCUGAUGGGAAAAUGGAUAGUGUCAGAAUCCAAAUUCAAGAGGUGACACAUGUGAUGCGGGACAAUGUUAUGAAAGUCAUGGAACGUGGAGAGAGGUUAGAAGAUCUACAAGAUGCAAGCGAUCGACUAACUUUAGCUGGUAACCAAUUCAGAGAGGCAGCAAAGAAAGCUCAACGAAGAGCAUGGUUACAAAACGUGAAAUCACGAAUUAUUAUCGUCAGCGUUACAUUGAUGAUCGUUUUCUUUAUCAUUGUUUUGGACAUCUUGGCGCUUUACCUGGUUCUCAGAUAGCAAACAUCCUAUAGAGUGGUAUUCUGUUCUUCGAAUUGAAGUAUCCAUUAUUAUCAAGUAUACGUGACCUCAAUAUCUUCAAGAACGAGUGAUCACAGUUGAUGUCACAAGCACAGACCUUGUCUUUGUACCUUUCUUUCGCAGAAUUAUCUGCGCGUAAUUUAAUUAUAAGCUUGUAUAAAUAUAUAUAUAUAUAUAUAUAUAUAUAUAUAUAUGUAUGUAUAUAUAUUUAUAUACAUAUAUAUUUUAUAUAUUUGUUAAAUAAUAUAAAAUAUCUUCGUCGUUGAAAUAAAGUCGUAUUACGAUAAAGUGUAAAAAAAUAUCUCAAAUUCGUAAUAUAUGAAUUGUUAUACAUCGUUUUUGUCAAAAGGCAAAAAGGUGUACGCUGAUUAAUGUCAUUUCUUUUUAAUUUUCAUCUUAACGAGAUAAAAAGAAUUUUCGAUAGAAACGAUAUAUAAUAAUGUUAUACAAAAUAUGAAGAUAUUUCGAGUCCGUUUGUUAUCUUUUAAGAUAUGGUAUCUUAUCAUAUACGGUUAUAACUAUUGAAACAGAUAAAUAUUUUUUUCUUUUUCUUUUUUAAAUAAUAAUUCUUAUUGCAUUUAAAGAUUUGUACAGAUCAUGUAAUGAUUAUAAUAUCUUUCAAUGACCUCUUUGUUCUUAUAACGACAUAUAAAAAAAAAAAGAAAGAAAAAAAAAAGAAAAGAAAAGAGACAAAACAAAAACAAAAAGUGUACAAAGCAAAGUCGUGCAUAGGUUCGACUGUCAAAGAAGAGAUCUUUGAACGGGAAUGAUGAGAAUUAAUCAGCAGAGUGCUAAAAAAUGGCAUUCUUUUCGACGAGGUCGGUUACGGCAAUAUCCUGCUAUGAUGGGCACUUACGUCGUAUGUGAGUUGGUGAAGCCGAGUGUAGGAGAAAGGAAGAGUAAGGGAGAAAGAGAGACAGAGAGAUAGAGAGAUGCGUGGAUGCUACUUGAACGUGUGAGUUUAGUCGUCGCUCGGCUGGCGGUUGACUCGCGCGUGUUCGUGAUAAUUCUUGCCAGUCGAGUUUAGAAUUAAAAAAAAAAAAAAAGGAAGAAAGUAAAACUGUCAAAACAAAUCGUUAUCGCAUCGAACGAUCCGAUUAAUUAAUUCUUUAUUAAUUCAAUAUACACACAUAUAUAUAUAUA